AUGUUGGACGUCCGCCAUCUGCAGGACAGUGUUGUGACCCAGCUGUGUCUUGACUAUGGCAUGAUCGAUGAUGCCAUUUACUUCACCAAAGCCGAGGUGCUGGGUGGGACGCCACUGAAAGUCGGGGACCUGGUAGAAAAGAGUGCCGACGCUUGGGAGGAUGGAGGAAGAAGCUCUCAGGAGAAAGACUGUGAGCAGCUACGGCCUCUCAUCGGUACAAUCACGUCGUUUGAUGGAAAUGACGGCUACAUAAACCAGAAGACACACUUCCCACGCCACAGUCUUACGGAGGGUUAUGAGCCAAUGAAAGGAGAUUGGGUCCAAGCAAAAUAUUUCGUCAACCCCACCCAGUGGACCACCCAUGCUUCCUCUGUGGCUCCUUUACGCUACUGCCGCGUAGACGAGGUGCCUGUGACGAGCGUGUUCGGUAAAAAUGGCGUGGUGAAUGAUAGCGUUUUCUUUACAAUGGAUUCACUGCUGCUACCUGCCAACUACCAGCCUCUGCUGGGGGACCUGGUGAACGUGGUGAUAUUGGAAAGCAAGCAGUCCCUCUACUGUUGGAGGGCCCUCUGCAUGUCACCCUGUAAAACGAGCAGCGUGAAUGGUACUGUGACACGUCAGCUGAAGACUGAAUACACCUCGGAAAAUAAAGGAGGGCUGGAAGUAACGGACUAUGGCCAAUUUGGAGACCUGAUGAUUGGGGACAGACGGGAGCUUGUGUUCUGGAUACAAAAUAAAGGUUCAGAGGUUCAUCGGCUGCAGUACUGUGACUUUGCUGGAUGGGACUCGGAGGAACAGUUCGCCCUGGUCGCCGUUAACGGAGCCGAGCCACCCAGGGAGAGAAAAAACUCUUCUCAUGGAAACGGCUGUCAUCCUUCAACAACAAAAAUCGAAGCGGGUGACAAAAACACUGACAUGAAGCAGCAAGCCGCCUGUUCCACUGAGGGAAGAAGACAGCAAAAAGAAGUGGAUAUUCCUCCAGGAGAAAGGGUGUCUAUUGUACUGUCGUGCCAAGCAAAGAGUCUGGGGAGUUGCACUGAGCUGCUCGUGCUGCACUUCACUUCUUUCACCAUUGAGAGGCGUCUGGAGGUCACAGUUGGCAGUGAGAGCGAGAACCUGCUGCAGCCCUCCUUACCUUACACUCCCAGUGAAACGCGGCCCGCCUCCACUCUGCCGUCACAUGUGCUCACGGUGACGGCCCCACAAGGGAUGAAAAGACUUAAAAAUCGACGGCUGCCAAACUUUCUUCCCAAGUACUCGGUGCCUCAGGCCCUGAGAGACUGUGUGGAGGCAGAUACCGAUGUGCUGGUCGUCGAGCCCCGGCUGGGCGAGGUGCUCUCACCUUCCAACCUGGCUUCACGUUUCUCAACUCUUCUGUGGCUGGAGGAGCUCCAUGUUGAAAAAGAAGUGAAAGAAUUCACCAUCUAUGGAGCCGUUCUCAGAAAGGGUGCUGGCUACCUGCACCUUACAGUUCAUGGCCUGACUGAAGGCAGGCCCAAUCUCAAUCUAGCGGACAGAUUAUUGCUGAAAAAACAACUCGCUGAUGGUGCAGUGAUCGAGUAUGUCUGCUAUGUCAUGGAGAUCAAUGAGGAGGAAGUGAGUUUGAGAGUCAACUCUGACUUUGAGCGUGCCUACCUGGGAGAGCCGCUCGACGUGGAGUUCUGUGUGAACAGGCUGACCAUGAGGAGGUGUCACUAUGCACUGGCGCAAGCACAACACUUCGUAGACAUUCUGUUUCCCUCCAGAGUGAUUCUUCAGAAACCUCAGUGGACCGGAAAAUGGGCGGAUGAACUCGACCAAACCCAAGCAGCAGGGAAAGAGGUUUCAUCUGCUGAAAAUGGAAAUGGGUCAAGUGUUUCUAUCGAUAUGGAGUCAAAGUCCACCCAGACGAAAGAUGGUAAAUUGGCAUCCAGAGCCAUCCCCAGCGAAGGGCACUUCUUCAACCCAGAGCUGAACCCUGCUCAGAGAGAAGCAGUGAAGAGGAUUCUGGAGGGAGAGUGUCGGCCCACUCCUUAUGUGCUGUUUGGACCCCCAGGCACUGGAAAAACAAUCACCCUCAUCGAGGCCAUACUGCAGGUUUACCACUUUCUGCCCAGCAGUCGGGUGCUUGUGUGCACGCCUUCAAACAGCGCUGCCGACCUCAUCGCCAUCCGCCUGCAUGAGAGCGGCUUUCUGCACGCUGCAAGUUUGGCCCGCAUCAAUGCAACGUGCAGGCACUUAGAGUCUAUACCAGAAGUGCUGAGAACUUACUCAAAUGCAGGAGAGGAUGUCCAUCAUGCAGCAUUUCACAGGAUUGUGGUCAGCACCUGCUCCAGUGCGGGCAUGCUCAGCACCAUAGGACUGCAAGUGGGACAUUUUACACACAUUUUCCUGGAUGAAGCCGGCCAAGCCACUGAGCCCGAGUCCCUCAUCCCCGUGGGCCUUGUGUCAGAGAAAAAUGGACAGGUCGUGCUGGCUGGAGACCCCCGUCAGCUGGGUCCAGUGGUGAAGAGUGCGUGCGCCGAAGCCUUUGGCCUCGGGGUGUCACUGCUGGAGAGGCUCAUGGCCAACCCGCUGUACUCCAGACAAGACUGGGGCUACAAUCCAAAGUUGGUGACCAAACUGAUCUACAACUACCGUUCUCACGAGACCUUGCUCACGCUGCCCUCCAAGCUCUUUUACCAGGGAGAGCUGUGCUUUAAAGCCCCCAAGGAAAUCACAGACUCCCUCUCCCAGUGGAAAAACCUUCCCAAAAAAGGCUUCCCGCUGCUCUUUCAUGGUGUCAGGGGCACCGAGAUGAGAGAAGGUAAGAAUCCCUCACGGUUCAACCCACCGGAGGCUGUGCAGGUCAUGCUGUACUGCUGCCAGCUGGCCAAGAAGCUCUACAAGCCUGUCAGCGUCUCGGACAUCGGCAUCAUUUCCCCCUAUAGGAAACAGUGUGAGAAGAUUCGAGUGCUGCUUAGCAGUGUAGGCCUGUUGAACGUCAAGGUGGGCUCAGUGGAGGAGUUUCAGGGACAAGAGUUCCUGGUCAUCAUUUUGUCCACGGUGCGAUCGAAUGAAUCGGAGUUGUCCGAUGACUUGCAGAGCACGAUUGGCUUUCUGGCCAACCCCAAACGCUUCAAUGUGGCCAUCACUCGUUCCAAAGCUCUGCUCAUAGUUGUUGGAAACCCCCACAUUCUCAUCAGGGAUCCAUGCUUCUCGGCUCUGCUGCACUACACCUUUGAGAACGGGGCAUAUCUCGGCUGUGACCCCCCUCUCUCUCUGCGAAGCCCUCGGGAGUGA